AGUCUGGCAUACCGUCCCCGCAGUCUGGUGGAAGAACGCCCAAGGCAAAGACCAGAUGUGGUAUGAGGAUGCCUUGGCUUCCAGCCACGCUAUCAUUCUGUACCUGCAUGGGAACGCAGGUACCAGAGGAGGUGACCACCGCGUGGAGCUUUACAAGGUGCUGAGUUCCCUUGGUUACCAUGUGGUCACCUUUGACUACAGAGGUUGGGGUGACUCUGUGGGAACGCCAUCUGAGCGGGGCAUGACCUAUGAUGCACUCCACGUUUUUGACUGGAUCAAAGCAAGAAGUGGUGACAACCCUGUGUACAUCUGGGGCCACUCUCUGGGCACUGGUGUGGCGACAAAUCUGGUGUGGCGUCUCUGUGAGCGAGAGACGCCUCCAGAUGCCCUUAUAUUGGAAUCUCCAUUCACUAAUAUCCGCGAAGAAGCUAAGAGCCAUCCAUUUUCAGUGAUACAUCGAUACUUCCCUGGGUUUGACUGGUUCUUCCUUGAUCCUAUUACAAGCAGUGGAAUUAAAUUUGCAAAUGAUGAAAAUGUGAAGCACAUCUCCUGUCCCCUAUUCAUCCUGCACGCUGAGGACGACCCGGUGGUGCCCUUCCAGCUUGGCAGAAAGCUCUAUAGCAUCGCUGCACCAGCUCGAAGCUUCCGAGACUUCAAAGUUCAGUUUGUGCCCUUUCAUUCAGACCUUGGCUACAGGCACAAAUACAUUUACAAGAGCCCUGAGCUGCCACGGAUACUGAGGUUGCUGCCCAGACUCGCCUACCUGCCUGUCAGAGGAUACAGGCUCCACCCCACCGCCUGGCUGGUGUGGCCUUGGGCAAGAUGCUAACCCUCCCUGUGCAUUGGACAAGGCUUCCGAGCCCAAGAGGGCAUGUGGUACUUCGACCCUGAGCACUGGACCCAUGGAGGGGCUGCUGCUAAUGGUGAGAGGGUUUUUUGUUGUGCCAGUUGGCUCCAAAAAGUAGGUCAAGGUGCCAGUUUCUCCCAGAAGGGGACUGAAAUUGAUGGCCUGAAUUGCCUCCCAGUGCUGAAUAUCCUAUGGGUAAUUCUACUGCAAACUUCUGCUUUUCUCCAGCCGCCUUUGGAAGUUCCAGAGGCAAAGCUGUGUCCCUUUAGCGGUUUGCCAUUCCCGGGCACAGGGACCUGGGUUGCUGAGGGGACAGUGGGCUCAAAGAGUAUGGGUUUGCUUUGCGGUUAUAAUUUUCCCCAUUAUAAAAGGAAGAUUAUAGAAAAUUUAGACCAGAGAAUAGCUCUGAAGUUGAGGGUCAAGAAUCAGAGGCCUUGUAUCCGUGCCUGUGUGUUGGGCUUUGGCACCGUGCUGCUUGUGCCCUGCCUAACUCACUGAAUGCUGCUCUGGGCUACAGCGAGUCCUCACAGGGCUCUUGGCUGCCUCCUCUCUGCACAGCCUCUGCUUCCUUAGAUAGCAAUGUGAGGACUGUGGAGAAGGAUCUUUGCUCAAAUCUGAGCUCAAAUGAUUGGCUCCUGAUUGUCCUGUGGUCUAGGGGAUUCCUGGGGAAGUCAGAGCCUGAGCACCAGCACUGAGCCUGGCUGAGGGAAGGAAGCAUGAAGACCUCUGCCCUCUUCCCAUUUUCCUCCAGUCAGCAGCCCGGCAUCCUGGAGCCCCGGGGGGCCAGCACCUGCAAUGCUCAGGAGCCCAACUUGCACCUGGAGAGGACUCAGAUGCCAAGUGGGGAGGACCCUGCAGGCCUGCAGUGCCCGGAGGCCUGAGCGUGGCUGUGUAUGGAAAGCGUGGGUGGCAGGCACGUGGCUCUCCUUGCCGCUACACAACCUGAGAUCUUGUUGGGAGACUUACUGACAGCAGGCAACCAUCACUGCCUGGUUGAUGCUGCACUGAGCUGGGCAGGGGGAGUCCGGGCAGGGGACUCUUAGGGCUCAGGACCAUGCUGAGCUUUCCGGCACCACCCACAGAGAACGUGGGGUCCAGGUUCUUUCUGCCCCUUCCCAGCACAUGCAGAAUGACUCCAGUGGUUCCAUCGUCCCCUCUUGCCCUGUGUACCUGCUUGCCUUCGUCGGCUGCCCUGCCUCCUCUGGGCUGGCCCACUCACCUACAGUGGAGGUGCCCAGGAUCUGUACUUCCUCCCCUUUCACCCACCUGUACGCCUAACUUGGCCUUAGACUGAGCUUUAUUUAAGAAUAAAAUUGUGGUGGUGGUCCUUUU